AUGGCUAACCUUGAUACACCAGAUGCAGUGAUAGUUUCGACCGCACUUGGCCGUCUCGAGAAGCUCAGUACUGACGAAUACAUCAUAUCCUUCGGUCCCAACGACAGACAAUUCUUCGCUACCCCCAACGGCUACUCCGCUACCCAGCUACCAAUGACGGUUCUGGGCCACAUCUCGGCCAUGCCUGUCAGAAAAGUCACAUGGGCGUCAUACGGAUCUCGCCCCGACUCUUGGUUCUUUGCAUACGAGAUGGAUGAUGGCACCUCCACGUUCCGUGCCGGCACGGGCAUACCAGCAGCACUACGCCAAUUCAUCGACAGGAUCAGCCAAGUACCCGACCUAUGCUCAACUCUACGUGUACAGCUUGGCAAUAACGACUCUUUCGUCGCAUGGGCCAAGACAUCAUGGGCAAGUUAUGGGAUCCCAAGAGCACUCGAAGCGGAGCUGUGUCAAUUGAGCUCGGCGCACAUGAGAUCAACCACCGUUACCAGAGGAUCCCUGAAGGGUACAUUGAACCGAAUCACAUGGCACGGUGCCGGAUCGUACUACGUUGAGGGCCAAGAAGGCUACUUCUGGCAUUUUGAGGCAAUUACUACACGCGAGGCUUGGAUCAAGCUCUGGUCAAGGAAGAACGCGACACCGAGUCUCGAGGAGCUAUCUGAACUGGUGCUCGUCGCUCUGGACCCACAUGCUCCCGUUGGAGAGACAUUCGCUUUCAUCAAGAAGCAACACGACGCACAAGAAGCGCCAUUCGUCAUCAACUUCUACCAAGACGCCGCGCACGCAUUGGAGACCCCUAAGGCUGCACCGGAAGUUCAAGAGACACGCCUUCAGCAUAUCGAGCGAAAGCCUGAGAAGCCCAAGCUCUUUCGGUGGGCCAUCAGCAAGCGAAACGGGCGUCCACACCCAGGAGAGUCAUGGGAGCUGGAGCUGAAGGAGGGGCAGAAGGUCAAGGUGUGGGACCAUAUGGGACGAGAUUGGCAUAUCGUGGAAGGGCGAGGAGGGACCAAGGGCUGGGUGCAUGGCACUUGGCUCGAGUUCUGUGGGAGCAAGGUGCACAAAGACCCGCGACACAACUAUACCCUGUUCCAGGAUGACAUGCGCAAGCUGCUCAUCCCCGGCCAGCUGCGUGAGUUUCCACCGCUCUGCGAGUACAUGAGUGUCUGCUCCAACGCCGCAUGCGAGCCACUGAAGGGCGGCUCCAAGCCGGGCAUCUGCAUUCACGACCUGCAGACGCUGCUGGAGGGUUCUGGGUGUUAUUCUUAUGAGUGGCUCAAAGAAGAGAGGAACGUGUGGCACCCAGACAAGUUUGCGAGGUACUGCCACCCAGAGCACAAGGAGCACCUGAAGACCUCCGCACAAGAGGUCUUUGUGCUGUAUGGCGUCCUGAUGGACAUGUCUAGCCAACAAGAGGACGAGGAGUAA